AUGGAAUUGGAAAAAGGAUUAAAUGAAAAUUCUGAUUCACCUCAAUUAUCUGAAAUGUCAGUAGACGAUGAAAGGUCAUUAGAAAUCCCUACAGGCCCGUUUAAGGAAGAAGAUUUAGCUGUCUUUUUGCGUUGGCCAGAAUAUACUCAAUGGAGUGGAUUUUUAAAAUUGGAUAAUAAAACUGGGCAAUUAGAACGUUUUUUCUUUACAACUGGAUAUCAUGGAGAUAAGCUUGAAGUUUGGACUGAAAGGGGAAAACUUUUAAAAGAAUGGAGGGCUGUAGUAGAUAAAUAUUCACAAGAUUUUGAUGCUUCUGUUUUUCAUGAAGAUGCUGUAUUUCUUGAUUUAAUAGAUAAUAUGCCUUCAGAUACAUGGCAGUCUGUACUUGGAACUUUGGUUUGUAUGGCAUUUGUUUGUUUUGCAUUUUUAAGCAGUAUGUUUACUGUUAUCUUUGCCUCAAGCUGUGUUCUCUCAAUUUGUUGUGGAAUCUUGGGGAUUUUAAAUUGGUGGAGCAUAGAUUUAGAUCCAAUUAUGAUGGCUGCUAUGAUUAUUUCAAUUGGGUUUAGUGUUGAUAUUCCUGCACACGUUUCUUAUCAUUACUACCAAGCUUCAAUUCGAGAAUUAAAUGCAACUCCAGAAAUGAAAUUGGUAAAUUGUCUCUCAUCAGUUGCCUUUCCUGCACUUCAAGCAGCCUUAUCUACAAUAUUUUGUGUUUGUUCUUUACUUUUUGUUAAACUUUAUAUGGCUGAAGUUUUUGUUAAAACAAUGGUUCUCUGUGUUGUUUUGUGUAAUUUACAUGGUCUUCUCUUUUUGCCAGCAUUUUUAAUUGUUUUUGAUCCAGUCGUCUACUCAUGUCGUCAACGAAUUUCAAAAAGUCGUUCAAAAAUUAAACAAAACAAUCGAAUACAUAAUGUUAUUCCAGAAGAAUCAGGAAGUCAAGAAAGUUCUUUAAAAGAAAAUACUUUAAUUAAUGAAAAGAAAAGAAAAUUAUUUAAUCAAAAUGGACUUAAUAAAACAAUUAAUAAUAAUGAUAAACAAUCAACAAUUACUGAUAGACCAAAUUUGGAAAGAUUUCAUUCAAUUGAAUUAGAAGGGGAAGGAGGAGAUAAAUUAAAACAAGAAGAAAAUGAAAAAGAAGAAAAGGUGAAUAAUACUAAAGAUAAUCUAAAUAUUAAUUCAAAAUCUAAUCAAAAAAUUGAUGAUACAAGUCAUUAA